UUAGCAAAUACGCGGCCAUCUUGGAUUCAGCAGCACAUCUCCGGGCAGCGCUGAGUUUUUUGGGAUGGGUGGAACUGAACCAGCACUUGGGGAUUCCCGGGCGAAUUUUUUCACGGAGUAGCCUCGCCAGUCGGACCCUGAACUGUCGGACUGAACUUGAAUAACUUCGGAAAUCUCCAGCAGACCUUUGUAGCGGAUACAACCUGAAGUCUCCUCCUCUUUCUCGCCUAACCGCUGUGUGUGUGUGUGAGAGAGAGUGAGUGUGUGUGCAGUUCGGUGGGCCUGUUUGAGCUCCACGGGCUUGAAUAACAACUUUUAGUUUUAUUUGACAGCGUUUGCUGACUUCUGAAACUAAAGUGACGGUUAUGGUGGGCGCGUGCUCAGCAGUGCAGAAGUUUGUGCUCCCUGCCACCGGUUGGACUCGCGGGCGCUGCGUGCUGUAACGCGGCUCGGUGAAUGACUUUAUGAAUGUGGAGUGGAGCGGCGGCGGCGUCUUCCGGCGUUUGUUGUUGCUGCUGAAAGUUCGCUUUCGGAUCGCAGUCUCCUCCAUGGUCUUCAUCAGCCCGCGGAUAGCUGCUUUCCACUCUUCCUUCGAGUAGACACGCUUGGAAAGGAGACCGAGACGCGUUAAAAUGUCAACGCGAACACCGCUACCUACAGUCAAUGAGCGAGACACGGAAAAUCACACCUCGCACAGUGACGGGCGGAACGAUGGUGCCACGAGAUCCAGUCGCUCCGGGGCUCGAUGCCGCAACUCUAUCGCUUCGUGUGCCGACGAGCAGCCGCAUAUUGGCAACUACCGGCUGCUCAAAACUAUCGGCAAGGGCAACUUCGCCAAGGUCAAACUGGCGCGACACAUCCUGACGGGACGAGAGGUGGCCAUAAAAAUCAUCGAUAAGACACAACUCAAUCCUACUAGUCUCCAAAAGCUCUUCCGAGAAGUAAGAAUAAUGAAGAUUCUGAACCAUCCAAAUAUUGUAAAGUUGUUUGAAGUCAUAGAAACGGAGAAAACCCUUUAUCUGGUGAUGGAAUAUGCCAGUGGAGGGGAGGUGUUCGACUACCUCGUAGCACACGGCCGGAUGAAGGAGAAGGAGGCCAGGGCUAAAUUUAGACAGAUCGUAUCAGCUGUACAGUACUGUCAUCAAAAACACAUUGUGCACAGAGACCUCAAGGCAGAGAAUCUGCUGCUUGAUGCAGAUAUGAACAUUAAGAUAGCAGACUUUGGCUUCAGUAACGAGUUCACGCUGGGCAACAAGUUGGACACGUUCUGCGGCAGUCCUCCGUAUGCCGCUCCCGAGCUGUUUCAGGGAAAGAAGUACGAUGGACCCGAGGUGGACGUCUGGAGCCUUGGGGUCAUUCUCUACACACUAGUCAGUGGAUCGCUGCCUUUUGAUGGCCAAAACCUUAAGGAGCUGCGAGAGCGAGUGCUAAGAGGGAAGUAUCGCAUUCCCUUCUACAUGUCAACUGACUGUGAAAACCUCCUCAAGCGCUUCCUGGUGCUCAAUCCUAUCAAACGGGGUACACUUGAGCAAAUCAUGAAGGACAGGUGGAUCAAUGCUGGCUUUGAAGAAGAUGAACUCAAGCCCUUUGUGGAGCCAGAGCUUGACAUCUCAGACCAGAAAAGAAUAGACAUAAUGGUUGGAAUGGGUUACUCCCGUGAGGAGAUCCAUGAGUCACUGACCCGGAUGAAGUAUGAUGAGAUCACCGCAACCUACCUGCUGCUGGGUAGGAAACCCACUGAGUUGGAUGCCACUGAGUCCAGCUCCAGCAGUAACUUAUCCCUGACCAAAGUCAGACCCAACAGUGAGCACAACAAUGGCCAGUCACCGUCUCACCUCAAAGUCCAGCGGAGUACCUCCAACCAGAAACAACGGCGCUUCAGUGACCAGGCUGGUCCAGCCAUUCCGUCCGUGGGUUACCCCAAGAGGAGCCAGACCACCACAGCUGAUAAUGAGCACAAAGAGGAAAGCAGCGCCCAGCCUCGCAAGUCAAGCUCUUCUGGCAGCCGUAGCAUGGCGCCUGCUAGCCCCCUGUUGGGCAACGCCAACAACCCAAAUAAGGCUGACAUUCCUGACCGCAAAAAGGGCUCCACUGCUCCCGGGAGUAAUUCUGUGUCUGGGGGGAUGACCAGGAGAAACACCUAUGUUUGUAGUGAACGCAACGCUGCAGACAGACACUCUGUCAUUCAGAACGGCAAAGAAAACAGCCUGAGUGAAAUGCCAGCACGCGCCACAGCAAGUCCAUCUCCAUACACUGCUGCUCUCAUUGCUUCAUCUGCCUCUGUCCGUCUGAGGCACCACAAAGCCACGCCACUUUCAGGUUCAAGCCACACCUGCCGCUCUACGCUGCCCCCUAGUGAUGUCCCUGCUGAAUUCUUCAGGUCUAACACAACCACUGCCUCUUCACAGCGAAACCCUGGGGCCUCGUCUCACAGCAUCAGCAGUUCCACACCACCAGACCGCCUACGCUUCCCACGAGGCACGGCCAGCCGUAGUACUUUCCACGGCGGCCAGCUGAGAGAUCGACGUACGGCCACAUACAACGGACCCCCUGCCUCACCUACCCUGUCCCAUGAUGCAACACCGCUCUCACAGUCACGCAGCCGCGGGUCAACCAACCUCUUCACCAAACUGACUUCCAAGCUCACACGCAGAAACAUGUCAUUCAGGUUUACCAAAAGUCGGAACGUGUCCGGGGAUCAGAAGGAGGAUCAGAAAGACACCAAACCCCGUUCCCUGCGCUUCACCUGGAGCAUGAAGACCACGUCAGCCAUGGAGGCCAGUGACAUGAUGCGCGAGAUCCGCAAGGUGCUCGACGCCAACAACUGCGACUACGAGCAACGUGAACGCUUCCUGCUGCUCUGCGUCCAUGGCGACGGCCAUGCAGAAAGCCUCGUCCAGUGGGAGAUGGAGGUGUGCAAGUUGCCUCGCCUCUCUCUUAACGGCGUGCGCUUCAAGCGGAUAUCAGGAACGUCCAUUGCGUUCAAGAACAUAGCUUCAAAAAUUGCCAAUGAACUAAAGCUGUAAAAAACAAACAAAAAUCAUCAAAAUGUGAAAAUGUGACAAAAAGGACUAAGGCAAACAAUUUUUUUUGUUUUCUUUUUUUCUUUCUGUUGAGAAAAGGAGCAGAAUUAAGGAUUGUUUUUCGAACGCUUGCAGAAAAGUGUAAUAAACUGUCUAGAAUCAUGCCUUAGGUGGUAUUAUUAUUAUUAUUAUUAUUAUUAUUGUGACUGGUGGUCUAAAACUGUGUGGAAAAGAAGUGAAGGUUGGUGGUUUUCUUUUUAUUUAUGCACUACUGCAUUAGGUGCCCACUAGGCCUAGAGUUAACCCUUCAUUUAAAAUCAAGGGACGAUGAAAUCGCAGUAUUUCUCUUCAGUGCUGUGCCUGCCCACACUUCCUUUGGUUUAUUUUUUGAUACUAAGCAAAAAUGGCCAUAACAUUGUGCGUUGUGUUAGGUAGAUAGGACAAUUAUGACCAUUAUCACCCAUAUCCCGAAGCUGCUCAUAGCAGUAUGUUCACAUUUCCCCUCCUAAUAUAUUUAGACAGGAAGUGACUUCGUCCUGGUAGACUGAACUGUUCUGUAUGCCUAAUGUUGGACAGAAUCAGCAUAUUUAUAGACUGUGGUGCCAUGAAUCUGCUCACAGACGCAGCUCGGUGAAGUGACGCGAGAGUUCGGCCACAGCACCUUAAUCAAAACCUCAUGGUUGUAAUGCAUUGUAAGACUUUGACUAACAAUUUUCAGAGAAUUAAAAGACUUAUUCAGAGCAGGAAGAUUUUCCUUCCUGGUCUGUUGAGAUAUUUAGUUUAUUUCCAUAUAAAGUGUUUUUUUUUGUGUGUUUUUUUUUUUUUGUAACAUAUAUUGAAAGUUGUUGAAAUAUUUGUAUUCUAAUGAGGAAAAAGGGACUAUGGAGGAGUAAAAAUCUUUUUAGUCCUUAGUAUUCACUCCCAUUCACUUCCAUAAAGAAACCAUGGCACUGUUUUUAUUUUAAUUUUUUUUUCAGAAUGUAAAUAAUGUACCUUAGUUUUACAGCUGCAUAUUGAUAUACUUUUCCUUUUCUAAAUCUGGCAGUGAGUUGGAAAUUAUGGAAAUUAAUGUACUCAUCACAGGAUAAGAUUAAUCAGUGUCUUCAUUAAAACACACCUAAAACGAAA